CACAAGUGACGGCAGAAGAGGGCCAGUCCGUCGCUAUUGCAAAUGGUGAUGGUAAGAUGAGCCUGCUGAGCUGGUUACGGAGGUUGUACUCCCUGGACACUCUCGACCCCCGUUUUACAGCGUCAGCAAACCAGAAUCGGCCUUUCGCUGGGGGAACGAGAAAUGCCGGAGGCGCAAAGCCAGCGAAGAAUGGCGUAUCUCCGUCCAGAUGGAACACUCCCGAGUUCUACAUUUACUAUGUUGUCUUCAUCAUCGCUGUCCCGAUGAUGUUUAAGACCGCAAUUGAUGUUUCUCAGGAGUCUCACCCGACUUACUCGAAUUAUUCUGAGCUCCUUGCUCCUGGAUGGAUCCCUGGUCGCAAAGUGGACAAUUCCGACUUCCAAUACGCCAGCUUCCGUGAUAACAUUCGCUAUAUGGCACUGUUGAUCAUUAUCCAUCCGUUGCUUCGCCGUCUCUAUAAUCAUUUCUUUCCUUCUAAGCUAGCGAAUUCACCGUCCCCCAACAAACCUGGUGUCGCAGUGGGACAUCCUUCGGCUACCGCAGCCCAAUCGAGAUUCGAGAAACGAGUGUCCUUUGAUUAUUGGUUUGCAUUGAUAUUCUUAGUUGCUCUUCACGGAUUUUCUUCUUUGAAGGUAUUAGGAAUUCUCUUAAUCAACUAUAACAUAGCAACGAAUCUCCCAAGACCUUAUAUACCAGCGGCAACAUGGAUAUUCAAUAUCGGCAUUUUGUUCGCGAACGAACUUCUGCACGGGUACAAGUACGCCAGGAUUGCAACCUCCAUUGCGUCUAUGCUCGGUCUUGGUGUAGAUGCCGAUAUCAGCUCCUGGGGAGAGUGGCUCGAUAGUUUGGGGGGUAUCGUUUCACGAUGGGAGAUUAUCGGGCUGGAAGCCCACUGGAGGUACAAAAUUCAUCCCUGCCCUCGCAACCAUCUGCAGAUGGCCCUUGCUAACAUGCCAAAGAAGAAGCAACUCGAUCCAUCAGCCCUAUCCGAGCGUGAUCGCAUCUACACCCCCGCUGAUCCGUUAUGUUUCAACGUUAGAAACUAUCUUUCAUACACUCUAUAUUCGCCUCUCUACCUUGCCGGUCCCAUAAUCACAUUCAACGAUUAUAUUCAUCAGCAGAAAUAUCAACCGCCUUCAAUAUCAAAAACUCGCACUUUGUUGUAUGGCGUGCGCUUCUUACUUACACUGCUCUCCAUGGAAUUGAUUCUCCACUAUAUCUACGUUGUCGCCAUCUCUAAAUCAUCCCCGGACUGGUCUAUAUAUACCCCCUUCCAGCUGAGCAUGUUGGGAUAUUUCAACCUCCAUAUCAUCUGGCUGAAGCUUCUCAUUCCAUGGCGAUUCUUCCGCUUAUGGGCUUUGAUUGACGGCAUCGAUCCCCCCGAAAACAUGGUACGAUGCAUGUCAGACAAUUAUUCUGCCCUCGCCUUCUGGCGAAGUUGGCAUCGAUCGUUCAAUCGAUGGGUAGUCCGGUACCUUUACGUUCCUCUCGGCGGCAGUCGAAGUGAACGCAGCGAUAAACCUUUUGUUUCCAAAGUGCGUGGCGUAAUCAACUUCCUUGUCGUUUUUACUUUCGUUGCCCUUUGGCACGAUAUAAACCUCCGUCUCCUCAUGUGGGGCUGGCUCAUCACCCUUUUCGUUCUCCCUGAAAUCCUUGCUUCUCUGCUCUUUCCAGAGCAUAAAUGGCGUACAAGGCCGAAUACAUACCGCGUACUUUGCGGGGUUGGCGCUGUGGCCAACAUACUUAUGAUGAUGGCGGCAAAUUUGGUCGGGUUUGCGUUGGGGUUAGACGGUUUGCAAGGUUUAUUGAGCGGCAUUUUGGGAUCGUAUGCAGGUCUGGCGUAUCUCGCAGGGGCUUGUGCGGCGGUCUUCGUUGGAGUUCAAGUUAUGUUUGAGAUUCGCGAAGAGGAAUCCCGUGCUGGUAUCCGGUUGAAGUGCUGAUUUGCAACAUGCACACGUUCCAGAAGAGUAGUUCGUCCCUGUGGUUACAAUUUCAUUUUAUUUCCAAAUAGACCGAGUUCGACGGUCUGAGACGGCCUGUUAUGUUGUACAUUAUUGUGACAUGCAUAGAACAUAGCGUUAGAUUCUUCAA